GAAGCGCGGCGCCCCCGCCCGACGGCUGCCGCCUCAGGCAGGAGCGACCGCGCCGGGAGGAGAGGCUGCCAGCCCCGCCGAGCCUCGGUCCGUCCCUCGUCUCCUUCCUGUGGCGGCGGCGGCGGCUGCUACGCGACGGGACGAGGGCCGCCCUCCCCCGUCAGCCGCGGCGGGCGGAGCGGCGGCGGGAGCAGCAGCAUGAGCAGCGGCGGUACCGUCCGGAGCGCAGCGGCGAGGGUAGAGGUGGCAGUGCGGCUGCUGGCGGUGCUCAGCUGCGUCCUGACAGCCGAGGCCCAGCUCACAGGAGUCCUUGAUGAUUGUUUAUGUGACAUAGAAAGCAUCGAUGACUUCAAUACUUUCAAGAUCUUCCCCAAAAUACAGAAACUACAAGAACGUGAUUACUUCAGAUAUUACAAGGUGAACCUGAAAAGACCUUGUCCAUUUUGGGCUGAUGAUGGCCAUUGUUCUAUCAAAGACUGUCAUGUAGAGCCUUGUCCUGAGAGCAAAAUACCUGUUGGAAUUAAAGCUGGGAGCUCUAAUAAAUAUUCAAAAGGGGCAAAUAAUUCCAAAGAACUGGAAGACUGUGAGCAAGCUAACAAACUGGGAGCAGUUAACAGUACCUUAAGUAACCAAAGUAAGGAGGCUUUCAUUGACUGGGCAAGAUACGAUGAUUCACAGGAUCAUUUUUGUGAACUUGAUGAUGAGACAUCUCCAGAUGCACAGUACGUGGAUUUGCUGCUGAAUCCAGAACGUUACACUGGGUACAAGGGGCCUUCUGCUUGGAGAGUGUGGAACAGCAUCUACGAAGAAAACUGCUUCAAGCCUCGGUCUGUCUAUCGUCCUCUAAAUCCACUGGCGCCUAGUAGGGGAGGAGAUGAUGGAGAAUCUUUCUACACAUGGCUAGAAGGUCUUUGCCUUGAGAAAAGAGUAUUUUAUAAACUUAUUUCUGGACUUCAUGCUAGUAUCAACUUACACCUGUGUGCAAAUUAUCUUCUUGAAGAAACCUGGGGGAAACCUCGCUGGGGACCCAACGUGAAAGAGUUCACUCGCCGCUUUGACCCUGUUGAAACAAAAGGAGAAGGACCAAGGAGGCUCAAAAAUUUGUACUUCUUGUAUUUGAUAGAGCUCCGGGCUUUGUCAAAGGUUGCACCAUACUUUGAACGUUCAGUUGUUGACCUGUACACUGGAAAUGGCCAUGAGGAUGCUGAAUCUAAAGCUCUUUUACUGGAUAUCUUCAGGGAUACAAAGUCCUUCCAUAUGCACUUUGAUGAAAAGUCCAUGUUUGCUGGAGAUAAAAAAGGAGCCAAGUCAUUAAAGGAAGAAUUCAGGUUGCAUUUCAAGAACAUAUCCCGCAUCAUGGAUUGUGUGGGGUGUGAUAAAUGCAGGCUGUGGGGCAAACUGCAGACUCAAGGUUUAGGAACUGCUCUGAAGAUCUUGUUUUCUGAGAAAGAAAUCCAGAGCCUUCCUGAGAACAGCCCAUCAAAAGGUUUUCAAUUGACACGUCAAGAAAUAGUUGCUCUUGUAAAUGCCUUUGGAAGGCUUUCCACGAGUAUAAGAGAGCUGCAGAAUUUCAAAGUUUUAUUACAACAAACCAGGUAAUGAAGGCCUUUGCACAACCCCUUAGUGAAGACCAUUCACAGGACUGCAUUGAGCAGAAGGAACUGAUCCUUACAGGACUCACAUGAACUGCUAAAAAGUAAAAUCAGAUACCAACUUGAAUAUUUAUGUUUAAACUAGGAAUGGUUAUUAAUUAGAAAAGAUAUUUAUGAAUGAAGUAUAUAGUUUUUAAAUGUGUAAAUUAUGCUGAGCUGUUUAUUUUUUAAGUUCCCUGCUCACAGUUCUGUUGUACUGAAACUUCAUACAUUUCCUUUAUUUCCUUGUCUUUUUGAGACAGUUUUAUAGGAUAACAUAUGUACCUCCAGCUUGGUUUGGCCUGGCCUGAGAGAGGUGAUCUUCUCUUCUCAGUACUGAGCUUCAGUAUAUUCUGAGGACUGGGUAUGCUGACUCUUGCUGUCUUAAACACAAACAAGAGAAAAGGAAAUAAGGUUCUUGUUGAGUUCUGUCUUUUUACUGUAAUAAUGAAGCUUACUUAAAAACAGGAAAUUGAGCAGAAAAUUUUGUUUCAUACUGAGCUCCUUUGCAUCAUGCUGUUAGCAAUGGUUUUUUCCUUUUUGUGCUGCUUUUCUGAAUUGUCUUUUUUUCUUUAAAUUAACUACCUUGUCUCUGAUGCAGCACACUUGGGAGUGACUCUUCUGCAGCCCCUUGGUUCCCUGCAUUUGGGUGGGGGUUAAAGCAAGGGGGGGAUGUUCAGUAGAGUGCUGCUACCUGAAAAGCCUCUGUCAAUCACAUUUGCAUCCAGCCCAUUUUCUUUUCUAGAUUGUAAUCACAAGUUCAGCUUUCAGUCUUUUUAAUGUCUAAAAUGUUGAAAUAGCACAUUGCAGUCUUUGAGCUGUGGUGAUAAAUCUGCUUUUUAUGGCUUCUGUUUUAGUGCUACACUGAAAGAUCGAGGUGAAAAAAGCAAGAACUUGUUUUUGUAGUUACUUUUAAAAAAAAAGAUGCUUUUUAAAAUUCAUAAUCACACUGACAUUUAAUACUGCAUACUCUAUCUAUGCAAUCCCUAACUCUAUAUUCUUUAAAAUGAUGUUCAGCAUAAUAAAACGGGUAUGUUAAUAACAUUACUUUCAUAAAAUAAGAAAUAACUGGUAUCAUUGUCCUCAAAUGUCAAUGAUAAAUUAUCAUUGUCCCAAAAAGAAUUCAGAAAGAGCAUUACUGAUUAGUAUAAAUAUUGGUUUAAUACUGAUUAGUAUGAAUAUUGGUUUAAAUUCAGAAUGAAGUAAUAAGUUUUUUAAACCAGCAUGUUUCAAUGUUAGGCAGUAUGGAUGUAGGAAGUGCUGGUACAGUGUGUGUAUAUAUAUAUAUAUAUAUAUAUCUCUUUUAAAAAAAUCUUCACAAAAUGAAGUGCUCUUAAACAUUUUUCACCCUACCAGAUAUUUAGUGACCUGUUUAUAUAAUUGAUUGUAACUAUAUUGGCUUCCAUGAUGUGCUCCUUUACAGCUGAGGUUUCCUGAAGGCUGGAAUACACCUUCUCCUUUGUUUCCAGACCUGACUGGAAGUAAGGGACUAUCCUGCUAACACUUGCUAUUAUAAGAAAUACUGUUUCUCAAGAAGGGAAACCCUCUUGAGUCAAACUCAGAUAAGCUAAAUGAAAGGAAAAACAGAACAGAGAAGGAAAAACCCCAACCACAAACCACCCCCACAAAGCUUUUGUGAUACUUGCACAGAUUGGCAAUGAACUGGUAUCCAGUCUUGUGUUCCUGUUUAAGCCUUUGGAUAACUUACCAUGCUGUCAGAGAAAGCUGAUGCCAGUCUGGGGAUGUUAGGUUCUUACCCAGCAGCCUCUCUUGCCUGUGGGCACCCGUAUCCACAGGCUUCCUUUUCCUGGUUAUUGGAGAAGGGCUGGUGAUUUCCAGCUGGAUUCAUCUGGCCUGUUGCAAGCUCUGGAUUGUAAAGCAAGGAUGCAGUGAUAUGCACCCUGGAGUUUACUGCUCUCCAGUAAAUUGAAGUGGGACUCCAGGUAACUGGCUCAGAUGUGAGCAGCUGUGUUUGGUAAACAAGUUACACCCUGAGCAUCUCAAUCUUCUGUCUAAUUGUGUACACUGAAAGUUGCUGUUUUUCAGUUGGCCAUUAAUUCCUUGCCUUUCCAAUUGACCUGCAAGGGCUAGAACCUGUAGGUUCACUUGUGUGGAGAAUGAUGUAUAGCUGGCAUUUAUCUGUAUUAUUAUAUAUUACAGUGCCUAAAGCUUUAGGCAAGAUUUACUAGCUGAAAAUAAAUUGUUGUCUGUGCUGCCCCAGGAAGGAACUUAGUCUCAGAAUUGUUUCUUUCCUUUUCCUCCCGUGCUUUGGUGGGGAAAGUGAAUUGCUUCCAGCCUUCUUUUGGGGAUGCAACUUGCCAUUUUUACUUUUUUUCCAUCUGUGCCUGUCUGAAAUCUGUGGACACUGCAGCAGCAUCACAAGUGAGCUUUGUGCAUUUCCUGGGACAGGUGAGAGAUUGAGACAGACCCUGGACACCUGCACCUUGCAACCCUCACUGCCUGCACAGUGCAGGUCAGGCUCAUACUGUUGGGUAAGGACAUGAAAAGAUGGGAAAUAGGACAUAAGAUUUUUUUCCUGUUACACAUCUAGGCAAUUUUCUUGUCACCAUCUUUUUUACUGUAUUUUAUGUACAUUCUGUGACUAUGCUGCCUGUGAAGUUUUGCCGUGUGAAUCGGAUGAUUUAGUUCUUCAUAAGUUAAAUUAAAUUUUAGUAAUUUACAGAUCUGUUUUUAUGCUAAAGAAUAAGGUUAGUGACACUGUCUGUGCCCUGUAAACUGUUUUAAAUUCCUGCUCCCUGUUGGAGAUCAGCUUGUCAGCAUUGUCUGCCACUCAUUUCAGAAUAAAAGUACAUUUCCUUGUACAAAUGACAUGAUGAUUGUAAUCCCAGAGGCAGUGAGAGAACAAAGACAAAAAUGCUGCUUUUUUUUUUUCUUUUUUUCCCCCCCAAGUCAUGAAGACUUAAGUGAAACUGGCAAAAAAGGCUUAGUGCAAACUGCAUAGGUAAAAUGUAGGGCACUCCUGCUGAACAACUUGCUCUUAGUGCCUGAGGAGGAGGGGGAGAAUACAGAUUUAGAACAGUAAAAAACAUCAAGGCUUGUGUAGGCUGGAGUAACAAAAGUGUUUCCCUGCUUCAGCUGAUGAUUUGUGCUGUCAUUGUGCAUGAAAUACACUGUGCCACACUUUCUUGAGUUCUGUUUUGAUGGCUGGGUUGCCUUUACCUGACCUUGCUUUGUGCUUUUCUGGGAAAUUACCUGUAACAUGUUGUAAAUAAUCUAGAUGAUUAUCUUUAUAAAGUAGCAAUUGGCAUUUUAUCACUUUAAAAUCUCAGCUGGCCUAUUAAACUGUAAUAUUUAUUAAAAUGAAACUCAACUGUGGAGCUGCUUACUGAGAUCUGAACAUUGAUGAAUCUUUGCUAUGUUAGAAUCUAAAAUGUAAAUUAAAGUAUUUUCUGCUAUAACUUCUUUUUGCGAAUGUAAUUUUUUUUUUAAUUUGAUUUUUUUAACUUUUUAAUUUAGAUUUACUUUUCAUCUAGACUUGAAAAUUAUGUAGACUAGAAAUUAUGUAGCCUAGAUUAUUUAGGUGUCAGUCAUUUAAGCUUAAGACAAUGAGUAAGCUUUCAUUCUCACUCUUAUUCUGUUCAUAAGAUGAAUGUCACCAGUUUACCUGUUGCUUUUCACAGUACCAUGUCAGCACAUCAGAAAUUCAUGUGGCAGAGUUACAAUCUGUUUGAAUAUGGCCAAAUUUUGCCACUGUUUUUUAGUCCAAUUGUUUUAAGAGACUAAAAAGUUUAUUUUGAAACGAUGUUUGGUCCAUUCUGUCACUUUCUCAGCAUAGCUUAUAAACCAAUUUUGUAAAUAGUUUUUCUGGCUCUUCAUGUGAAAUUAUUCCCCCUGAAGGGUUUCUGCAGCUUUGUUUCAUUCCAUGUAUGUAUUUUUAACAAACAAUCUUACUAAAAAUUUGAUACACCUUUUUCAUCCUCAGUUUAGGUGGGUAAGUACCUGUUACACAGGUGAUGAUAAUUAUAGUUAUUGAAUUUAAAUAAGAUCUUGCCUUUCACAUUGUUGUUUAAAUCUCCUGUGUCUGAGAGUAUUUAAUUCAUUACUAUGAUUAUAGUCACUUGUAACUUCACUUUUUUGCAUGCAUGCUGUGGCAUAGGGAUCAAGCUUGUUUUAAGCACAGAAUCCUCACAACUAAACUUUUGCUGUGCAGCUACUGUGAAGAAAAUGUAACAAUACCUGCAGACUUUUCUUGCACUAGAUCUUCAGGCAGUUUUGUACAAACACGAUUGUAGAACACCAAAAGAUUUAAUAAAAUUUCUGUUAUUCUCACAAUCCUGUGGCACCUUUUUUUCUUCUUUGGAUGAUAGUUUAAUUAGGCUUGAUUUCUUCAAU